AUGGCAUCUACACAAAACCAAAACUCAAACUUUCAAGAUUUCUUGCCUCUUAUGGCCAACAAACUAGGUGGUGAUGGUCUUAUUGGAGAACUAUGCAACGGCUUCAAUCUUUUGAUGGAUGGUGAAAAGGGUGUCAUCACUUUUGAUAGUCUUAAAAAGAACUCAGCUUUAUUGGGUUUGCAAGAUUUGAGUGACGAUGAUUUAAGGAGUAUGUUAAAAGAAGGCGAUUUUGAUGGCGAUGAAGCACUUAAUCAGAUGGAGUUUUGUGUUUUGAUGUUCAGAUUGAGUCCUGAGUUGAUGGAAGAGUCUCAGUUUUUGUUAGAGGAAGCUCUUCUACAGGAGUUCAAAGAUUGUUGCUAA